GGUCACACUGAUGUCCAUACUGUGGAUCACCUGACUCAGGACAGCCCUGCAAAUCAGGGCAGACAUGUGUGGCAAGUUCUUACCAACAGCAGCAAAAUACCAUCCAACGAGAGAACUGACUUAAUGGAAAAAAACAAUUUGCACUCAAUUCAUUGUUUGAACCAUAGUAUCAAAAAUGAAAACAAUUCAGCGAUGAUGCCUGAGGACUUUACUAUACAUAGGACCAUGAUGAUCCCUGGUGAGCCUCAUGAAGGGCAUGCUAGAGAGAACGAGGAGGUUUUUAGUAGAAUGAGGGAACCCAUCAAGUAUCCUGAGCACCUUAGUCACCAGGUGAUUCAGAACUUUCAACAGCCUUUUGAAUUUUGUGAACAAGGAAAAGUCGUGAGUGAAGAAAUAGUAUUUACACCUAGAGGAGCCCUUCUGGAAGGGAUUGUCCGUAAAUGCAAUGAGUGCAGGGACACCCGUGAUGAGGUGCCUUUCGUUGUCCGAGACAGAACCCAAGGAAGACAGACUCCCUGCAGUUGUAAUGAAAAGGGGAGAGCAGCGGAGAUGACUCCAGUUCAUUUGAAUCCUCCUAGGUAUCUUGAACAUAAGCAGCAGAAAUGUUGUGAAAGUGGGGCCAGUCUCAGAAAAACAUUUCACACCUAUCCGUGUGAGAGUACCCAGUUAGGAAAGAAUAAUUUGGGAUAUAAGAGAUAUGGUGAAGCGGCCUCUAAAACCUCUGUUCUGACUGAACAUCAGAAAACACAAGCAGACGAUCAACCUGAUGAGUGUGGGGGCACCGCUGAGAUUUCCUUACAGAGGGGAUACCAGAGAAAUCUCACUGCAGUGAAGUUGUUUGGCUCUAACGAUUAUGUGAAAACUUACUCAUGGAAGACUGCCCUCACUUUACAUCCACAAUCUCAAACGGGAGUGAAGCGCUACCCGUGUCAGGUGUGUAAGACAACUUUCAGGUGGAAACCUGCUUUUAGUGUCCAUCAGAGAACUCAUACAAGGGAGAAACCCUAUGAAUGUCAGGCGUGCAGGAAAGUGUUCUCCUGUAAGUCAGUUCUUGUUCUACAUGAGAGGACUCACACUGGAGAGAAAUGCUAUGAAUGUGAAGGGUGUGGGAAAGCUUUUUCCAGGAAGGCUCACCUUACUGAGCAUCAGAGAAUUCACACUGGAGAGAAGCCUUACGAAUGUCAAGAGUGUAGGAAGACUUUCCUCUGGAAAUCAUCCCUCAGUCUCCAUCAGAGAAUUCACACUGGAGAGAAACUCUAUGAUUGUGAAGGGUGUGGGAAAGCUUUUUCUAGUAAGGCACACCUUAUUAGACAUCAGAGAAUUCACACUGGAGAGAAACCCUAUGAAUGUGAAGGGUGUGGUAAAGCUUUUUCCAGUAAAUAUUACCUCAGUGAGCAUCAGACAAUUCACAGUGGAGAGAAGCCUUAUGAAUGUCAAGAGUGUAGGAAGACUUUCCCCUGGAAAUCAUCCCUCAGUAAACAUCAGAGAAUUCACACUGAAGAGAAGCCUUAUGAAUGCGAGUGUAGGAAGACUUUUCUCUUGAAAUCAAACCUCAAUAAACAUGACAGAAUUCACACUGGAGAGAAACCCUAUUAUUGUGAAGAGUGUGGGAAAGCUUUUUCUAGGAAGUCAUCCCUCAGUCUCCAUCAGAGAAUUCACACUGGAGAGAAACUCUAUGAUUGUGAAAGGUGUGGGAAAGCUUUUUCUAGUAAGGCACACCUUAUUAGACAUCAGAGAAUUCACACUGGACAGAAACCCUAUGAAUGUGAAGGGUGUGGGAAAGCUUUUUCCAGUAAGUGUUACCUCAGUGAGCAUCAGAGAAUUCACACUGAAGAGAAGCCUUAUGAAUGUCAAGUGUAGGAAGACUUUCCUCUGGAAAUCAUCCCUCAGUAAACAUCAGAGAAUUCACACUGGAGAGAAACCCUGUGAUUGUGAAGGGUGUGGGAAAGCUUUUUCCUGUAAGUCAAACCUCAUUAGACAUCAGAGAAGUCACACUGGAGAGAAACCCUUUGAUUGUGAAGGGUGUGGGAAAGCUUUUUCUAGUAAGCCACACCUCAUUACACAUCAGAGAAUUCAUAGUGGAGAGAAAUCCUAUGAGUGUCAAGAAUGUGGGAAGGCUUUCCGCCAGAAAUCAUCCCUCAGUAAACAUCAGAGAAAUCACAGUGGAGAGAAGCCUUAUGAGUGUCAAGAGCGUGGGAAAACUUUUUCCAGUAAGCAAGCUCUCACUGGACAUCAGAGAUGUCACUGGACAAAAUCCCUAUGAUUGUGAAGAGUGGGAAAACUUUUCAGGAAGUCAGCCCUCACUAGGCAUGACAAACUCCACACUGGAAGGAAAUGCUAUGAAUGUCAAGAGUGGACAGGCAGGCCUCCCCUGGUGGUGCAGGUGGUUGAGCGCAGCGCUGUGAAGCUGUCCAUGGCCUUUGUGGUGGGAGUUUGAUUCCCUGGCUGGCCAGGAGCAACCCCAUGGUGCGGCAGACCUCUCCUGUCUGGCCCGCUGCGUGUAUUUCAGCAUUGUAUUUCGGUCAGUCUGCCUGUUCUGUUCCCCGCUCUGUCUCUGGUGCAUCCUCUCACCCUCCCACACAUCUGGCCUGUACCCUGGUUCUUGUAUGCUUGAAUAAAUAAAAAUCUUUUAAAAAUAUUCAAAGUUAGGAGCUCAAACCACAUCAUGCAGCUGAGAUCAAUGGGAACUGACAUAGUUUCAAUCUUAAUUGCUUGGAGUUACCUGGUUCACUCUGUUCUCCCAAGUUCAUGCAGUGAUGAUGUCGUUGUUCCUGUUGCCGUUGCUUCUAGUAUCCUCUUAAGUUCCUGGGCGAUGCUAUGCCUGUCCACAGCA